GGGGCAGCAGAUCAUUUAGCACUGGAAUUGCUGCUUUCACCACAGCCCGCCAAGUACAUUUUCCCUCAGACAGCGAAAGUGGUUUUUUUUUUUUUAAAGGUUUCCACUCCAGAUUUGUGUGGCAAACGCUGUAAUUAAGACUGAUCCAUUCGGUUUGCUCAGUCGCUGCUGGUGGGAGCUGUGUGUUGGCCUGCAUUGCCCUCUAGCGCUGCCGGCCCCGCCGCAGUGAUGUCACUGCCCAGGCACCGUGACUUCGGAUCCAGCUCCGGCAGAGCUGGAAAUGCUGACAAGCCCUCCUGGAGCCUCACAGGGACACCCCUCCAACGCAGCCACACUCGCUCCAGGGAAAACUCGAAACCUGUCUUGUCCUUCCAGGGGCGCCGUGAUCGAAAGUGCCGCUUUCCAGCUCCAGCCAAGCUUUCUGCCUGCUCAUUUGUGUUUCAGCGAGUCCGUGUGAGAAAUUAGGCAAGUUUGAACAGCCUGCUGUUCCUGACAGGCUCCCGAGGACUCCACGCUGGGCAAGUUUUACGUGCUCAGAGCUGACAGCUCUCAGGGGAGAUGAGUUCUCCACCUCACACUGGCCAGGGCUCUGCAGCAACUUCUUGGGUCGAGAGAUGACUUUGAACUGAUUCAAACCAUCGGCGUGUUGUGUGAGGGACCCAACCAUAACUUGCUAUGGAGGAUGAUUUUUAAGAUGAAUACCAACCUUGGCGAUAAAUCCAAUACAUCGAUACCGGGAUAUUUGAAAGUGUCUGCGCUAAAUAAUGGCAAUUUUUCUGCCAACAACUCCAAUGAGACAGCAGCUAACCUGGAUUUACCUGCCUUGGCUACCAGCAGGGCGAUAAUUGUGGGGCUGAUCCUCGGUGCCUUUAUCCUCUUUGCUAUCAUAGGUAACAUCCUGGUAAUUCUCUCUGUUGCUUGCAAUAGACAUUUAAGAAUCCCUACCAACUAUUUCAUCAUUAACCUCGCAAUAGCAGAUUUGCUGCUGAGUUUUACAGUCCUUCCGUUCUCUGCUACACUGGAAGUCCUUGGCUACUGGGUUUUGGGGAGGAUAUUUUGUGAUAUCUGGGCAGCAGUUGAUGUGCUGUGCUGCACAGCCUCCAUUUUAAGUCUGUGUGCAAUUUCUAUUGAUAGAUAUAUCGGGGUACGUUAUUCUCUGCAGUACCCAACACUGGUAACAAGAAGAAGGGCAAUUUUAGCUCUCCUGGGUGUCUGGGUCCUUUCCAUGGUGAUUUCCAUUGGGCCUCUCCUGGGCUGGAAAGAACCAGCUCCCAAGGACGACAAGGAGUGCCGCAUCACCGAGGAACCCUUCUAUGCUUUGUUUUCCUCCUUGGGGUCAUUUUAUAUUCCUUUAAUCGUCAUCCUCGUGAUGUACUGUCGGGUCUACAUAGUGGCCAAAAGGACUACUAAAAACCUGGAAGCUGGGGUGAUGAAGGAAAUGUCCAACUCCAAAGAGCUGACCUUACGGAUUCAUUACAAGAAUGUUCACGAGGACACCCUAAACAACACCAAAUCGAAGGGUCACAACCCCAGGAACUCCUUAGCUUUCAAACUUUUAAAAUUCUCUAGAGAAAAGAAGGCAGCCAAGACGUUGGGAAUUGUGGUUGGCAUGUUUAUCCUGUGCUGGCUACCUUUCUUCAUUGUUCUGCCACUAGGAUCUCUAUUUUCAGCUCUGAAGCCACCUGAGACGAUCUUCAAGGUGAUUUUUUGGCUUGGCUACUUUAACAGCUGCUUGAAUCCCAUCAUCUACCCUUGCUCAAGCAAAGAGUUCAAGAGGGCUUUUAUACAGAUCCUGAAAUGCCAGUGCCACCGUCGAAAGCAGCUGGGGUGGUGGCCCUACAGCUACAGAAACUGGAAUCGGUGCUCCUUUGAACACCACAGGAAAGACUCUCUGGAGGACAGCGGGAGUUUCCUGAGUGGCAGCCAGAGGACAUUAUCCUCGGCAUCUCCCAGCCCGGGGUACGUGAGCAAAAUCACUCACCCACACCUGGAGAUGUGCACGUUCCAGGAAUGGAAAAACUCCAGCUCCCUGCUGAGCCCUUUGCAGGAUGGCAGUGGGCAGAAGGAGCCGUGCCAGUUCUUCACCUUCAGCCUCUUCUCGGAGCGCAACGGACACGUCCCUGCCGGCAGCCAAGGCUCCAGCAGCAGGGACUGCGAGCCCACCUGUGACACCCUGAACUGCAGAGCUGCCUGUGGAGCAAACACCACACUGGAAUGAACGGAUCCCAACCAGUCUGUUCCCUCUGGACACCCACCUGUCUGACGUUAGGCCCAGGCGAAGAAAUGGACCUGUGCGUGGUUUCUCAGGAUAGCACAGGAGGAAUCCAGGGAGGAACAGGCAGAUUUAUGUCACAGGAGUGGCCAAGUGCAGGGACUAACAAUAUUCCCAGUCAAUCUCCAGAGAAACUACUGAAGCAUGAACAGAAUGCAGGGAAAGUGCUGCACAAACCCAGGGAAGUGCACAUCCAAUUAUUGAGUGGCCAAACACAUCUGUAUAUAGAAAGAAUGUAUAAACAGAGGGGUGGGCAGGGGCCAUGUGUGAGUGGGUGGGUGUCCAGCUGUGCCAGCCGUGUGAAUGGAUGUCUGGAAGUGGCAGUGAGCAGUGCAGUCCUGGUUGUUCCUCUGCAGGUCGCCCCUGACUUUGCCUGUAAUUCCGUAUCGUUGCUGUACGUCACUGUACAUUUGCACUUUAGAAACUGAAAACAAUGUCAACGAUUAAAGUAAUUUCUCAACCAUUUAAACACUUGCACCUAUUACUGUAGGACUGGAAUUCAGCCAAGUUCCCUUAUCACCGUUUUCACUUCAAAAUAAAACACUGAUAGCCAUUAAGUUUGCCAUUGUGACUCCUAGGAUGCAGUGGCUUCCUGAUCACCAGCAUUUAUAACUCCUCUAUCCUUUACCAAGCUCUUCUUUGUAAGUCUGAAAACACCAGCAGUGGUGAGGGCUCAUAAUCUGCAUUUCAGCACACCAGUAAGUGUCCUCCAAACAUACAGGCUACCAGGGGAUCUGAUUUCUAAAAGCAACACUCAUAAAUCACUCCAAACACCUCAUAAACAGUGUCGUGGGCACAGCACAAAAGAGCAGCGACCGCCGGAGGCCCGAAACGAGCCCCAGGACAAAUGUGCUGAGCCCUUGGUUCUUUGAGCAGGCUUUGAAAACAGCACUGGACAUUUAGAGGCUUUACUUUGCCUCUCAGAUAAGAAGAGUCAAAACAAUGGAGUAGUGGAAGUAUCACUUCAUUAAUAUUUUCCAGCUCAGUAUUACAGUUCUUUAAGAGAAUUCCUGAUGAUAUCUUCUGGGACUUUUUAGGUCAUGUUUGGAAGCUAUUUUCACUCUUGCAGUUAAGUGUGAAUCACAGAACUGACUGAUUUUUUCACAUGAAGUGGUACAAACCGUGACAAUUAGUAUUUACUCCUUUCUCCAACCGAGCCUUUCCUUACUAGGAAUUGUAGGGACCUUUUUUUAAAGCUUGAAACAGGGAACAAACCAUAAAGUGAUGUACUAAAAGCUCUUGGGGACAAUUUAACAAUGCUACAUCCCAAAGGAGAGCCAUUUCCUUAGCUAAAUUUUGAGUCACACAACUUGAAUAGUGUAAAGUAAAUUCAAUAUCCAUGUUUGAGAAAGAAGUGAUACCGCAAGGUUUGAGAAUAAACAGCAUUCUAUUACUUUAAAUCCUUUAA